GGAGUCUGGAGCGACCUAGAGAUUGAAGAAGGAUCUUCUUGUCUUCCCUGAUGGCUUCUCCAGGGAGUGGACAUGGGAACCAUGAUGAUAAUGGAUCAGAAACACCAAAAGAUGUGCAAGAAACCGCAGCUACCAAUGCGAAAGAUCAUAUUAAUGAAAGAGUACCAAAGAUUGGAAUGAAUUUUUUAUCUGAUGAGGAGGCUUAUUCCUUUUAUAACAAGUAUGCUGAAGUUAUGGGUUUUAGCGUCCGGAGAGGCAGUAAGCAUAAAGUAAAGAACUCUGAUACAAUACAACAGAGGACAUUUUUCUGUUCUCGUCAAGGAACUCGAGCUGAAGAUAAGAGAGAAGAUACAUUCAGUUAUAGUAGGCUUGAAUCACGAUGUGGAUGUAAUGCACAUAUGAAAAUAAGUCUUAGGAAUGGAUUUUAUCAGGUGUAUGAAUUUGAGGAGACACAUAACCACAUUCUUGCUACUGGAACCAUGGCCCAAUACUUGAGAUCUCACAGAAAAGUUAUCGAUUCAAUCGUCACUUGGAAAUACAAUCUCGAUGCAACAGAACCCAAGAAUGCUGGCAGGAUACCAACAAUACAAUACACUAAUGGUAUAAGCAUUCAACAUUGUCAAGUUUUUUUAUCACUUUGA